AUCCAGCCGCCCAAUGCUCCUGGCACAUUCCAAUCAACGGUUCUCCGACUUCCUUUCCACGCUCCGCAGAAAGGAAUAUAACAAAGUAAACGCGCAGAGACUAAAUCGCCAGAACCAUUGAUCAAUCAAGCAACUGGAAGAUAGAAAGAGAUGGAGAAACCGGCGACGACGGCGUCAGUGAUGGAGUUGUUCGAGAAGCUGGAGAAGGUCGGGGAAGGGACGUACGGCAAGGUGUACAGAGCGAGGGAGAGAGCGACAGGGAAGAUCGUCGCCUUGAAGAAAACUCGACUCCAUGAAGACGACGAAGGAGUUCCUGCAACCACUCUUCGCGAGGUCUCGAUCUUGAGAAUGCUCUCCAGGGAUCCUCAUGUCGUCAGAGUUCUGAUUUUGAUUGGUAGAUUGUUGGACGUGAAACAAGGGCUGAACAAAGAAGGGAAAACGGUUCUGUACUUGGUGUUUGAGUACAUGGAUACUGAUCUGAAGAAAUAUAUCAGGAGCUUCCGCCAAACGAAAGCCACUAUUCCUACCAACAUUGUUUUCAUCCAGACCUUGAUGUAUCAGUUGUGCAAGGGUGUUGCUUUCUGUCAUGGGCAUGGGCUCUUGCACAGGGACCUAAAGCCCCACAAUUUGUUGAUGGACAAAAAGACAAUGAUGCUUAAGAUUGCAGAUCUUGGACUAGCUCGCGCAUUUACUCUCCCUAUUAAGAAGUACACCCAUGAGAUCUUGACUCUCUGGUAUAGAGCUCCUGAAGUCCUCCUAGGAGAUACCCACUACUCAGUUGCAGUCGACAUAUGGUCCGUAGGCUGCAUAUUUGCUGAAUUAGUGAAUCUACAAGCUAUAUUCCAAGGAGAUUCGGAGCUGCAGCAGCUUCUGCAUAUAUUCAGACUGUUGGGUACACCAAAUGAAGAGGUGUGGCCUGGAGUCAGUAACCUUGUGAACUGGCAUGAGUAUCCUCAAUGGAGUCCCCAGAGUUUGUCAACUGCUGUUCCUACUCUGGACAAAGAUGGGCUUGAUCUCCUCGAACAAAUGUUGAAGUAUGACCCGGCAAAGCGUAUAUCAGCAAAGAACGCCAUGGAACAUCCAUACUUUGAUGAUGUUGUGAAGGAGGGUCUGUGAGAGGAUGAUGUAGUAGGAGAGAAGAUGAUCAUUUGCUACAAUCAAUCCAAGCCAGGCCAAGUUUUCAAGAUCACCUCCGGUCAUGUAGUCAUGAUGGGGAUGGUGAUGCUCACUCCAGUGACAAUAGGAUAAGAAAGCUUCUAUUUUGUGCUUCUCUCAAGCAAAUUUUAACAAUCAUAUGAUGUUCUAUGAUAUUAAGAUAAUAUGCCCAUAAGUCCUGAUGUUAGGCUUUGGCAGAUAGCUUGAUGAUUCUCUGAACUUGUUUUGCUUGAACCUCUUAAGUAUUAACUUGGUUGAUUCAACUUCUUAUGUAUUAACUAAGGAACCUUUUUCACUUGGAAGAGAAAUUCACUUGAAAUCACCAUUGGUGUUGUAAGGAAAUUGGACAUUUCAUUCUUAUGUGUUGUUGAGAUAACAU